AUGGCUGCCUCACAGCUCGACCUUCCCCUUCCCGGUGCCUCCUUCUUCGAUCUUCACCAUGAUGGAACGACCACCCGCAGUCCUGUCUCGUUGCCCGAUGGGGGCUGCAACUUUGUCGACCUGACGCCCGGUGCCAACGGGGCCAAGUGUGGAUGUCGCCGCUUCUGGAGUCGCACUGUUUCCGGGAGAGGAUUCGCAGAUACCGUAGGAUCGGACCACACGGCCUGGUGCAUGUGCACUCACCACGCUUGUUACCAUGACCACACCCGCGACGCAGAAGCCGCCACCCCCGUAAUAGGAUUCGUUCCCGGACAGGAGAAUACAAAACCCAAGGGACAUCGUGAGCCCCUAAGCCCCGUCGUUCAGGAUGCUUCGUUCCGCCUGCCUUCUGGAUUCUCUACUUCAUUGGAUCUUAUGAAUCUGGACGCCGCGAUGCUGCUGCCUAUGAGCAAGCCCGAGAAUGCCAGGAACCCGUGCGCUGGAACCCCCAGCCAGCAGCUCGAAUCUACACUACAGGAUACGUUAAGUUGGGGCGAGUUUGUCCAGUCUCAGUCAGCCAACACGACCACACUGCCCCCGAUCCCCCCUCAAUGCCUUAUGCCCUCUCAACCCAGUUCCACCACAUCAUCUAGCCAAGCUCGUUACUUGCGCCCUUUUGCCGGGAAAGGAUUAAACACGCUCAGUGGUGUGCACCAGCCCGACCCUCGUUCUCUUCGCCAGGAAAAGCCGCAGGACCUGGAGCCCAUGGACAUUCAGCCCACAAAGAUCUGGAAUAGAAACACAGUCCAAGGACACGAGCAACGGCUCGAUCGUUUGGAGAAUGUUUCCUUCUCCGCGGGAGGUAAUGACGAAUGCCAUGAAAAGCAUGAUGCCAUGGAUCUUCGCGUUACGGACCUAGAAGGCCGGGUAGAAGAGGUUGAAAAACUCAUGAAUGAUAAUACCAGCCACGGAACUGCCCGCCAUCUCCGCCAACCUGCCGUCGAUGAGUCAAUGAGCAGCGCCGUCUCUGUUUCUACCAGCGCGACUGCUCGUAUCUCCGACGCGAGCGAGGUUUACAACCACAUACAGUCCCUUCAGUCUCAACUUCGGCACCUCCAGUCUUUUGUGCCAUCUUGUAUGCAUGCCUGGGAAGUGGAGGUGGUGUUUCUCCCGUUCGCUCUCCGGCGCAUUUGGCAAGAAAGGCACGACUUCAAGCUGGAACCAACAUCUAGCAUGGACGAAUGGACUCAGCUCCCCAACACCAACAGUACUGCCAGGUCAGGUACCCAAUCUCCAUAUCAUGGAGAUUGGGCGGCAUCAAGACGGGACUAUGACUGGCUGCUGGCCAAAGCCUGCGGCGCCCAGAGCCUCAUUGAUAGGCGCCUGAGGAGCAGAGGUUUGGUCAAAACCAUGUCCGUCAAGGGUCCUGAUGCUCGGAGCGUCGAAGCGGCCAUCCAGGCUGCGUUUGGCCCCAUCCUGCACCGUAUGUCGACUUCUGCGUCCACAUCUCGUCGGCGUAGCAUCAACACCAAGAUGGACAAGUUCAUGGGUCUCCAACAACCCUGGGUGCCACUUCGGAAGAUUCACAAAGACUCCCGUCUCCGUUUUCUCUCACCGGCUGAGAUGGUCACACCAGCCUUGUGGGAUGUUCCCUUUCUCAACUCGAUCAUCAUGCGGGCUUCUGAGCGUAGGCUGUUCAUAACACAGUCAGAGGCAUACCUCCAGGAUCUGCACAUGCAUGACCAGGGGUGGACUUGGCAGAGGCUCCGUGAACAGCCUCGUGUCUAUCCCGAAAAAAGUGCCUCGCAGGAUGUGCCAGAGGCCGAUGCACACGAAGAAUGUUGGGCCUUUACUGAGCAACUGGAUGAACCCGUCAGUGCCCAAUCAUCGCUGGGCAUGCGAGAAUUAGCUACAGCGCAGCGUGCAUCGACAUCGCCCUCACAGCGCUAUUUCCAUAUCGAUCCAUCCCUGCGGUCACCCAGCCCGUACGUCACUCGCGGACAGACUCCAAGGCACGAGGUCCACGUGACCCGACCAAUUCACGCCCGCACAACAUCGAUGCCACCUGCAGGGUCAGCGCUCAUUUCACCGUCCGGCAUCAAGCGCCGGGUAGCAUCCUCAGGGCAACAAAGAAAGGGAAGCGUGACGCCUCAGAUGCAAGCUCGCCUUGAAGUUGUUGCUGUAGCAUACAAAAGACAGCGAACGGGGUCCCCGAGUCGUCCUCACCAUACUCCUCGCUGGACGUCUUCACCUAGCCCGGCACUGGCGAUGUUUCCGACGGAACACGAACGGGUACAGCCAGCUCGAGGCGUCACACCUCUGUAUUAUGCCACUCCGUUCAGCAACGCGCCUCUAACAGAGUCGCGAAUGCGAGGCAGCGGGGGUAUGCCCGACGAAGACUCGGAUGAGCAUGGCGAAGCCGAUUCUGGCAGCACCAACCUGAACGAUGAUGAGAGCAUCUAUCGAGCUGCUACUGGCGCUCGAUUCACCAUUGCCGAGGACAGUGACGUGCAACACCUUCGGCAGCUCCAACCAGAGGACGAGCCAUGGCCCGGUAUUGAAGACCAGGACCGUAUCUCGGAUGGAGAAAACAUUGAUCCGCUCUUUUCGCAAACAGCCGACGAUGCGACUUCGGUAGCAAGCAGCCAACCUUCUGAGUACCCUAGCACCCAACGUGGAUGGGGAGCGCAGGGCGCUGAUGAUGACGAUGACAUGGGUUUCCGAAUUCAUGAAGACGAUGACAGGAUGAUGUGA